CAUCUCACUCACUCCACCAUUUUCAGGCCUGCAAGCAAAAAGUUACCACUAUAAUGAUAAUAAAAGACAACACAUGCUAUAUAUAUAUAUAUAUAGUGACCUACCCAUAAGCCCAUGUCCUCCACUGAGCAACAAUAUAUAUCAGUUCUUGCACAGUUUCAAUCCAAGUGCUUUGUGCCAGCUAAAUUGUUUGUUUUUUUUCUUCCUCAUUUCUGAAGUCAUUCAUGUGUCCACUACUAACUUGUAAAGCCAUGGCAAUGGCUGUGUUUGUGUUAGUGCUUCAUGUGUGUUUUUUGAUGGAGGUUGAGUCCUCAUUGUGUCUGACUGACAAGAUCACUCUGUUGCCUGGACAACCCUUUGUUGGGUUUCAGCAAUUUUCAGGUUAUGUCACUGUAGAUGACAAGAAACAGAGAUCUCUGUUUUACUACUUUGUUGAGGCUGAGAUAGAUCCAUUUUCAAAGCCUUUGGUUCUUUGGUUGAAUGGAGGGCCUGGUUGUUCUUCUCUGGGAGUGGGGGCAUUCUCUGAAAAUGGACCUUUCAGACCAAAUGGACAGGUUCUGGUUAGAAAUGAGUACAGCUGGAACAGAGAGGCAAAUAUGUUGUAUUUAGAGACACCAAUAGGAGUGGGUUUCUCUUAUUCAUCUGAUACCUCCAACUAUAUUGCAGUCAAUGAUGAGAUAACUGCCAGGGACAAUCUUAUGUUCUUGCAACAAUGGUUCCUCAAAUUCCCACAAUACAGAACAAGGGAUUUGUUCAUAACAGGAGAAAGUUAUGCAGGUCAUUAUAUACCUCAACUUGCAAAGCUCAUAGUUCAAUUCAACAAAAAGGAGAAAUUGUUCAAUUUGAAAGGAAUUGCUCUGGGUAAUCCUGUUCUGGAAUUCACUACCGACUUCAAUUCAAGGGCUGAGUUCUUUUGGUCCCAUGGACUAAUAUCAGAUUCAACUUACAAAAUGUUCACUUCCAUCUGUAAUUAUUCUCGGUAUGUGAGUGAGUACUAUAGAGAUUCAGUUUCACCUGUUUGCUCGAGGGUGAUGAGCCAAGUGAGUAGAGAAACCAGUAGAUUUGUGGACAAAUAUGAUGUUACCCUCGACGUCUGUAUUCCAUCGGUGCUGUCACAAUCCAAGAUUAUGAGUCCCCAACAAGUUUCUGAGAGGAUCGAUGUAUGUGUGGAAGAUGAAACUGUUAACUAUUUAAACCGCAAAGAUGUGCAGCUGGCUCUCCACGCCCGGCUUGUUGGAGUCCACAGAUGGGAUGUUUGCAGCAACAUUUUGGAUUAUGAGGUGCUCAAUGUGGAAAUCCCUACAAUCUCUAUUGUCGGAUCACUUGUCAAUGCCGGAAUCCCAGUCUUGGUUUAUAGUGGGGAUCAGGAUUCUGUUAUUCCUUUGCUUGGGAGCCGCACGCUGGUCCAUGAAUUGGCAAAUGAAUUGGGACUCAACACAACUGUACCAUAUAGAGUCUGGUUCGCGGGACAGCAGGUUGGUGGAUGGACUCAUGUUUUCGGUAAUAUGCUCUCAUUUGCCACCAUUAGAGGCGCUUCUCAUGAAGCGCCAUUCUCACAACCCGAGAGAUCACUGGUGCUAUUCAAGUCAUUCUUACAGGGCAGGCCUUUACCAGAAGUGUUCUGAUAUAUAAUGAAUCCUUCAUUGUUCAGAGGUUGAAAUUGUAAGUAAUUUUGCACGCGUUAGCCAUAGUUGUCAAAGAAAUGUUUGUUUCUGCAGAAAAGAAGGAAAAAUGAUCAUAAUGCUUGCUUGUUUUCGAUUUCAUGUGUGUGUAAUGGAUCAUUGCAUUUGAGAUUUUUUGUGAAAAGGGUAUUAUAAAAGAAAGAACAAUAAGUUUUAUCUUACAACUACAUUUGAAUAAGCUAAGGACUUAAAAUUUGAUGUACCAUGAAACAACUGAAAUGAAAUUAUUUGAUUUAAA